UUUUAACUCCCCUCUCCCUUUUCCUCUUCCCCUGUCUCCCACCUCCCUCAGCUCUUCCUUCACAGGCCACUGCCUCCUCCCUCUCCUCCCUCACCUCCCUCUCCUCUUCCUUCACGGGCCGCCUCCUCUUCUCUCCCUUUCCUCUCUUCCUCUUCCCGGAGUGGCGGGUCCUGAACUUGGAACGGGCCCGGGAUUGGCCGCGGCCCCGCGCCGCGUUCGGCUCUGACAGCUCCUAGCAACCGGGCGGACGCGGCACCACAAAAGCUACAGAACCCAGGUGGCUCCCUGCGGGUCUGUUCGCUCUAUGGCCUCUAAACAAGGCAAAAAGAAAGAACUUCACCGCAUCAACUCCGCGCAUGGGUUCGAGAAGACGAAAGAUCAGUCAUCUUUUGGGAGUAGCACACAGUCUGGUUUAACUGAAAUAAGAAAAGGAAAAUUCCCAAUUUGGCCAGAAUGGAAUGAAGCAGAUAUAAAUGCAGAAAAGUGGGAUGCAGGAAAAGGAGGAAAGGAAAAAGACAAAUCGGGAAAAAGUCCCACUUUACAUUUUUUUGAUGACCCUGAAGGGAAGAUUGAACUGCCACCAUCACUAAAAAUUUCUUACUGGAAACGUCCACAGGAAAUUUUGAUUAAUAAGAUUCCUGUGGUAGUGAAAAAUGAAACUUCAUUUGACCUAUUUACAGCAAAUGGACACAUAAUCUGCAGUGAGGUGAUGAGAUGGAUUAUCAGUGAAAUACAUUCAAUAUGGAAGAUAUAUAAUGGAAAUAUUUCAAGCCCUUCAACAGAUCCUCCUGUUGUAAAUUGGAAACCCUGGGAACACAUAUACUCUCUGUGUAAGGCAGUGAAAGGACAUAUGCCUCUAUAUAAUAGCUAUGGAAAAUACAUUGUGAAACUUUAUUGGAUGGGUUGUUGGAGAAAGAUAACAAUUGAUGACACCUUACCAUUUGAUGAUGAGAAUAGGUUAUUACUUCCAGCUACAAAUUGUGACAUUGAACUUUGGCCAAUGAUAUUAACUAAAGGCAUCAUUAAGCUCACAAAUAUUGAUAUUCAUAUGGCUGACCAAAGAGAGUUAGGAGAAUUCACAGUUCUUCAUGCACUCACAGGAUGGUUACCUGAAGUCAUUCCUGUCCGCCAAGAAUAUUUGAACAAAAUUUGGCAGUUCUUGAAAGAAAUUUUGCCAGAGUUUAAACUGACUGAAGAGAACAGUUCUGAAAAACUAUCAGAUUCGAAAUCAAAAGAUGGAAAAGAUUCCAAGGAUGGAAAAAAUGGAAAAGAUGAAAGAGGUGGAAAAGAGGGAAAAGAAGAAAAAAGUGGAAAAAAUGGAAAAGAAGAUAAAGGAGGAAAAAAUGGAAGAGAAGAAAGAAGUGGGAAAAAUGGAAAAGAAGAAAGAAGUGGAAAAAAUGGAAAAGAGGGAAAAGAAGAAAAAGGUGGAAAAGAUGGAAAAGAAGGCAAAGGUGAAAGUUCACAGGGCAAAGGAGCUGAUAAAGGUGAUAAAUCUGGAAAAGAGAAAGUAGAUGUGAAAGAAGGAAAGAAGAAGGCGAAGGAAUUGGAGAAGGAUAAAGCCAAGACUUCUCAUAAUUCAAGGGCUCUAUCAGAUGUACAGCAUUCUCUACUUCAAUCUCUGCAGGCUAUAUCAGAGGUUGGAGUGAUAGGAGGGAUCCAACCAUUUGCUUCACAAUUCCCUCAGAUGGUGGUAUAUGGUACUUUUGCACCUCUGAGCUUGUUUGAAAAGAAGAUCUUUACCCUAGAGAAAAUGGCAGAAUCUGCUGAGAAACUCAGAGAAUAUGGACUUUGUCAUAUACGUAGUCAUCCUGUGCUAGUAACCAGAACUAGGUCAUGUCCACUUAUAGCUCCACCAAAACCACCACCUAUACCUGCUUGGAAACUUAUUCGCCAAAAGAAAGAGACGGUUGUGACAGAUGAACCUCAAGACCCACUAAUAAAGAAACCUGAACAGUUUCUUGAGAUUUGUAGCCCAUUUUUGAACUACAGAAUGAAUCCAAUUCCGAUUCCAACAGAAACGCAUUAUGUACAAUCUGUGGUUAAGAAGGGGAAUCCUUUUAUUGGCUUACCUACUCUUAGUGAAGCUGAUGAAAGUCGUAGUACUCAAGAUAUGAGUCAAACUACAAGAACUUCAGCUGUACCAAAUGUUUCUCAGGUGAAUAUUGGUGUUUCCAAUGGAGCUCCUAGAGAAGAGACAGAAACUAUGUAUAAUAUUAUACCUCGUCCAUCACAGACAAUUGAGUUAUUCAGUCAGGUAGCAGCCAUUUUGGAUAAAUCCCAAGAAGAAGUUUUAACAGAAAAUGCUCCUAUAUGCAAAGAAAUCUGGUUUGACUUUGAUGACUUCUGCAGAUGCUUCCAGAAUAUAUAUAUUUUCCAUAAACCAAAUUCUUAUAUCUAUAACUAUCAGAAGUCAGACUUUAAGUACACAGAUGAACGAGCAUUAUAUUAUUUAUAUGUGGAUAGUCUGAAACCUAUUGAACUUCUAGUUUGCUUUUCUGCAUUGGUACGCUGGGGAGAAUCUGGAGCCUUACAAAAAGACAGUCCUAUCAUAGAACCUGGACUACUUACAGCAGAAACAUUUUCUUGGAAAUCUCUGACUCAGCGGAAUCUUGUACUAAAAAUACAUACGUAUGCUGCCAAAGCUACAAUGAUUCGCCUUCCAGUUGGGCGGCAUAUGUUAAUCUUUACUGCAUAUUCCCCAGUAGGACAUCAUAUUCAUCUGUGUAGCAUGGUAUCCUUUGUCUUUGGAGAAGAAGAUGUUGUUAUGCCUCAUUUUGAGAAGGAAAGCCUACGAUUUGUAGAACAUGCUGUGACAAUCUUAAAAGUUACUGGGUCUGUUAUGAAUAAUUUCAGAGAUAAGGAAAAACUUCCUAAUUCUUUGAGAAAGUUACAGAUGAUUCACUAUCCUCCAAACAUUAAUAAUAAGGAGCUAUCAGAACAACAUUUCAAGGUUUUCCAUAUUUCUUUAUGGCGCUUAUUCAAAAAAGUUUUUGGACCUAGGAUUCCAUCCAACUUCAAAUUUGCAUUCCGAGCUCUUACUUUGGACUUCAGCCCAUUUGAAACCUUUCCUGAAGAAGCUUCUUUAGCUGAGUGGAUAGAUCUUAAAUAUCCUGCUGUGUUACAAGACAGAGAUUACUCUUGUGAAGAUUUAGCGGCAAUAGUUAAACUGCAAGCUUGUUGGAGAGGAACUUAUGUUAGGCUUGUCAUGAAGGCUAGACAGCCAGACACAAAGGAAAAUAUUGCUGUGGCAGACACUCUGCAAAAACUUUGGAGUCUGCUGGAUGUCAAUUUAGAACAGUAUGCAAUCUCUCUCUUAAGGUUAAUGUUUAAAAGCAAAUGCAAGUCUUUUGAGCUAUAUCCGUGUUAUAAAGAUGAAGAAACUAAGAUAGCUUUUGCUGAUUAUUCUGUAACCUAUUCUGAUCAACCACCAAAUUCUUGGUUUAUAGUUUUUAGAGAAACAUUUCAUGUAGCACAAGAUAUGCUCUUGAUGCCUAAAGUGUAUACUACUCUUCCAGUUUGUAUGCUCCAUGUUGUUAAUAAUGACACGAUGGAAGAAGUGCCACGAGUAUUUCUCAAAGUAAUACCUUAUGUCUAUACCAAGAAUAAGAAAGGAUACUCAUUUGUGGCAGAAGCCUAUACGAAUGAUUUUUAUGUAUCAGCUGGAAAAUGGAGACUUCGUAUCAUCGGUUCUUUUACUCCACUGCCAUAUCUUAAUCGAGAGACUGUAUGCAGUUUAUUUUCCAUAAGAGAGAUUAAAGACUAUUAUAUUCCUAAUGACAAGCAAAUUAUGUUCAGGUAUUCAAUAAAAGUGGCAGUAGGACUUAUUGUUACCGUUCAGGUACGCACUUCUAAAACUGAUGUUUUCAUCAAACUACAGAUCUUGGAAAAUGAGGAAGAAGCUGUAAGCACUAUUGGAAAAGGCCAUGCUAUAAUUCCUUCAUUUUUUUUCUUUAGUAAUGAAAGAAUUUUAAGCUCUCAAUCUAGCAAGCAAGUUCUUGCUCAUAAAAUAGCUGCCAACAAAGAAGCAGAUGUGCCACAACCUAAGAAAAAAGCUGCUGCAGCAGUUCAAAAAGCUAAUAAGGCACGAACUACUGGUGCAAUUGAAAGCGGUCAAAAUAUUCUUGAUGAUGAUUCUGUUAGCUUUCCAUAUACAGAGGAAAACUCUCAAGUUUCCCAACAGACUUAUAAGUAUAUCAUACAAGCUACAGUAUUGUCUAAUAGUUGGCCCCUUACAGAAAACCAGUCAGCAUUUGUUCAGACACUUAGAGAUUUGGAGAAAAAUGAUCUCAGAGCACAUUCAGAAAAACAUGAAGAAUUAAUUUCAAUGGGAUUUACAGAUGCCCAUGGGUCUACCGAUGGGCAAAAAACUACAUCUACUGUAAAAGCAACUCGAAAAGGUAAAGAUAAAGGAGCUGACAAGGCAGAAAAAGAGAAGGCAGCUAAAGAAAAGGUGGCACCUAAAGUUGAGCCUCAGCCUCAGCCACAAGAUCCAAAUAAACCUUAUUGGGUGUUGCGCUUGGUCACUGAACAGCUUGAGACUGAUGUUCUAGAAGUUAAGAAGGAUACAGAAAGAGCAGAUGAAAUCCGAGCAAUGAAACAAGCAUGGGAAUCUGCAGAGCCAGGCAGAUCUAUCAAGGCUGCUCAAGCUCGCUUACAUUUUAUCAACAAAUUUACCAAGAAAGCUGAAGCUGGGAGAGAGCCUGAAGAUAUUACUAAAAGCAUGGAAGAGGAAACAAAAAAACAUCCUGGUAUUGAACCCAUACAAACUGUAGUGACAACUGACAUAGCUGGUCAACCAAUGAAGAAAGAAUUAGCACCUUUAAAUAUUACUCCAUAUUUCCGACAAACAACUGAUGAACCCGUACUAUUCAGUGAUGCUUUGGCCCAGCAACAAGAUAUGCAGAAGGCAGAGGAAGUUCAUCAGUUUCGCCAGUAUCGAGAAAAAAUACUUAACAAGAGAGAGUUUGAAUAUGCAGCACGGAAGAAACUAAAGGCAAAAGUUUUGGAUACUUACAAAGAUAUCCGUACAUCUUUACAGGAGACCCGGGAUAUGGUUCUAUUACCUCGGGAAGAAUACAGGGAGAGGUUGCUAGAAGAGGAGCGCCAACGAGUAGCGGCAUUAGCAGCAGAAGAAGUAGUUGUUAAACCAGAGCCAGAGAAGAAAAGUCCUGAACAUCAGAAAAAAAAAGGAAAAGGAGGGAAAAAAAAGUGACCCUAGGAAGUCAAACAUUUCCCUUAUUCAGGAAAAGAAAACUAUUUUUAAUGAGCAAUUGUUGUAUAUAUCUAUGAAAUAAAAAUUAGAACAAUUGAAAAUAUAAUUAUUUAAGCAUGAUUGUAUAAUUCUCUAACAUUUCUAGUUUUUAAUCUUAAUUUUCCCCCUAGUUUUAGCCUUACAUAUAUAUGAUAUUUUAAUUUAAAUUAAGUUAUCCUCAAAAUACUUAUAUAAUAAAGGAAUUGUCUCCCUCAA